UUGUUCCUCUCUUUCUCUUUGCCUCUCAGGCCUGCUCAGGAGGCUGGGGUGUCUGAUCUUGAGAUCAUAUCCCAGCAGGUGGAGGAGGAGAGCCAGUGCAUCGCUCCAGUCCAGCUUGUGAACUUCGCUUACACAGACCUGCCCCUCACGGGUCUCGACCUCUCCCUGGCCGGGUCCCAACUCCUGUCGAACCCGGAUGAGGAGGAUCAAAGAGAAAGCUCUAAUUGGUUGAAGCCGUGCUGUGGGAGACGAGCUGCAAUCUGGCAGGUGUUCCUGCUCAGUGCUGCACUCAACUGUUUCUUGGUGGCUUGUGUGGUGCUGGUGGUGGUUCUCCUGGCUCUGGAACUUCUCAUAGACACUAAGUUGCUGCAGUUUACCAGUGCAUUCCAGUUUGCAGGUAUCAUCCACUGGAUCAGCCUUGUGAUUCUGUCUGUGUUCUUCACAGAGACUGUCUUUAGGAUUGUGGUCCUGGGUGUCUGGGAUUACAUAGAGAACAAAGUUGAGGUGUUCGACGGUGCUGUAAUUGUCCUCUCCUUGGCCCCAAUGGUGGCCUCCACUGUAGCAAACGGACCCAGCAGCCCCUGGGACGCCAUCAGCCUCAUCAUCAUGCUGCGCAUUUGGAGGGUGAAGAGGAUAAUUGACGCGUACGUGGUGCCAGUGAAGGUGGAGAUGGAGAUGGUUAUGGAGCAGUAUGAGAAAGCCAAGGCAGUCCGGGAGGAGCAGCUGGAGAGGCUCACUCAGAUCUGCCAGGAGCAAGCGUUUGAAAUCAGGCAGCUCCGGGCACACCUGGGCCAGCAGGAUCUGGACCUGGCGGUGGAGCGGGAGGCUGCGAUGCAGAUCCACCGCGCGUGGAACAAGCAGAGCAGCCAGUUCAAGGUGCUGGACGGGCUGGCCACGGGAGAGUCGGACGACGAGGGGGCGAGGAAUAUCCGAGAGGCUCGGCAGACACAAGAGCCUGUUGUCCGAGAUGACAUGAACAACUAUAUCAGCCAGUAUUACAGUGAAGCAAGCAGUGAGGUGGAAGUUCCGGAAGCUGGCAUGCGUGUCAUCACCACGACGGCCAUCGACGUGCACCCCCCCAGCAACCCCCACUACAUCUCCUCGGAUCUGCUGACAGUGGAGGCCCCCGGAAAGCUGCAGCGCACGGGCAGCUCUGUCAGCGACACCUCGGGGACUGUCUCCCGCUCCACAGACAGCUCCACCACCAGGAACCAGAGUGGCAGCAGCCAGACGCUCGGCUCCUCCACGGACUGCAGCACAACCCGGGAGGGCUCCUCAGACUACUGCUCAGUGGAGCGGUCACGGGGCCACUACCACCACCACCACCACCAGGAGGACCUGGGCACGGCCGGACAGAAGAACGCCAGUGCUGUGGUCCAGGAGCUGCUGUCUUCCCUCACCGACGACUCCUGCCUGACGCAGAAGAGGCUGGAUCCAGUUAACCUUAAGCUACCUAGCCCUGCGGGGUCGACCAAAACAAGCCCACAGCUGGAGCACAGAAUGAAUAUUUACAACAAGAGGAACCAGGAGAGCCUCAAUGUAUGCCAGACUAAACCACUCAUUCACUUCCACGGGAACAAGCCCACGCUGGAGGAGAAGUACAGGUUUCUGGAGCCGGCUGGUGGUUCUCUGAGCCGGCCGCCGGACACAUAGUGAGCGGGUAGCGUUGCCAAUGGCAGCACUAGCAGCAGCCUUUUUGAGCCAGCAAUGACAAAUUCCUCAUGCCUCAAGAAAGCUUUUUGUGGCCUCGCUCUUGUUGAGCUCCCUCCCCAUCAAAGCGAUUUGGAAGUGUGGUCAAGACUAACACACAGAUGCAUUAGGAGAGCAUCGCGGGGGGAGAGUUUAAGAGCCAGCGUUGAACAAUCAUCAAGAAUUUUCACUUAAAAGGUUCCAUAAAAAAAAUAUAAAACCAGCAAGGGACCGUGCUCAAGCUUUUAUGAGACAAUAAUAUUGUUUUUUAAAACAUCUGUAAAACAAUCUUUGAUCAGGGUACAUUUGAUUGGACGAGUUGUAUUGACAGCAAAUUUCUUACCUUAACCUUUCUACAUUACAGAUGUUGAAAUUUGUAUUUAAAUAAAAGAGUGGGGGAAAAAAUGUUUACUGCAGUAUUUUUAAACCGAUCCAGGUCUUGUUUUUGGGGCACCUGGGUGUGUUGGGAAACUGAUUGGUUGGAGAAUGCACUAGAAUUGAAAGGAACCAUGUUCUAAAAUGAAAUGUUUGUAGCAUGAACCUUAAAAAAAAAAAAAAAAAAAAAAAAAAAAAAAAAAACACCUUUUUGAAUAUGUGAAAAUAAUCCAGUGCACUAAUGUUUACAGCAGUAUUUUACAACAAUGAACAUGGCAAAUGAGAUGCAGACUGCUAACAGCACUGAAUUAAAGCGACGUUUGUAAAAUGAUGGGAAAUGAGAAUGGCUUUAUCUUGUUUGUUUAUUACAUUUAGCUGCACUUUCUUUUAAUUGUCACUGUGACUUUGAACCA